CUCUGUCGUUCCGCGUUCGGUCCGUGGUGUACAUCGCGGCGAAAGAAUUUUGAAACAGAGCUCUUGGCAGUAGUAGGUACCAGCGAGUUACGAGCAAAAGUAUAUUCGAUCGAUUAAACCGAUUACACGUUCGACGAUUAUUCGAACGGCAUACGGCUCAUCAUGUUUUCGUCUGCAGUGAGAAGUAUUACCCGACGUUCGUUUUCAACGUCAAAAUGGACUGCCGCGCAGCAGAUGACUGUACGAGAUGCUUUGAACUCUGCUUUAGACGAAGAAAUGGAAAGAGACGAAAAAGUUUUUAUACUCGGGGAAGAGGUAGCUAUGUAUGAUGGUGCAUACAAAGUUUCUAGGGGUCUUUGGAAAAAGUAUGGAGAUAAACGUGUCAUAGAUACUCCUAUCACAGAAGCAGGAUUUGCUGGCAUUGCUGUGGGUGCUGCUAUGGCUGGUCUACGUCCGGUCUGUGAGUUCAUGACAUUUAAUUUCUCAAUGCAAGCAAUCGAUCAGAUUAUCAAUUCUGCGGCUAAGACUUUUUACAUGUCCGCUGGUAGAGUAAAUGUACCAGUUGUAUUUCGUGGACCAAAUGGAGCAGCAGCUGGUGUGGCAGCGCAGCAUUCUCAAUGUUUUGGAGCCUGGUACAGCCACUGUCCUGGUUUGAAAGUAGUAUCUCCUUAUAAUAGUGAAGAUGCCAAAGGCUUGUUAAAAGCUGCUAUUCGAGAUCCCGACCCUGUCGUUGUAUUAGAGAAUGAAAUUUUAUAUGGUGUUCAGUAUCCUAUGUCGGACGAAGCUCUGGCAAAAGAUUUCGUUUUGCCUAUCGGUAAAGCAAAAAUCGAACGCGUCGGCAAACACGUUACAUUGGUAGCACAUUCCAAGGCCGUCGAGCAGGCUCUUGAAGCAGCAAACGAACUUGCAGGAAAAGGAAUAGAGGCGGAAGUAAUAAAUCUCAGGUCUUUGAGACCGUUGGAUAUAAACACGAUCGUACAAUCAGUAGCAAAGACGAAUCACAUUUUAACUGUGGAACAGGGUUGGCCACAUUGCGGUAUCGGAGCAGAAGUUAGCGCAAGAAUCUCUGAAAGCGAAGCAUUCUAUCAUCUUGAUGCCCCAGUAAUUCGUAUCACAGGAGUCGAUACGCCUAUGCCUUAUACGAAAUCAUUAGAAAUUGCUGCUCUGCCAAAAAUGAGCGACAUAGUCUACGCCGUAAAUAAAGUACUCGGCUUGGUAGAGUAACUGUUUUUACAGUGUUUUAGGUAAAAUUCCAAACCCCCCCCCCCCCCCAUUUUUUUCUUUCCCUCAAAUUUCUCAAAUACCUUGCAUCCUUUUGUGUCCUUCGUAGAUAAAGGGAGUAAGGUAGUGGAGAGUAAGUACAAACUUUAACGAUAACGAGGAAACUUUUGGAAGUUUAUGUUUAAGCAAUUCCCAAACAUUCGACAUGUAAAAAGCAAUUCGUUUGUUUGUUUAUUGCUUUAGUACGUACAAGCGCGUUUACAUGUAUGCAUCUGUAUACAUAUAUAUAUAUAUAUAUACAUUUUACAUACAUGAUACACGAGCAGUACCUAUGGUUGAAUAUUGAUAUCGUACGAUAAUACCACGAUAGUGUUCAACUAAUUUAACAAAUACUUUCAACGUUUUUAUGGUUAGAACAAAUCAAUUUUUGCUUUUCGUGUCGAGUCGCGAUGUGUCAGCUUAUUUUAUCACGCGUGUACAUACAAAUUAUUAUCAACAGUUACUCUUCCAGCUUUUAAAUUUAUUGGUAGACAAUUCGCUGAACGUACUAGACGAUGCCAUACCGUUUGUAAAAGUAAAACACCGUGGGUCAUUGGCAUACACUAAAUGAGCGUCUAAACGCUGCAUUUGUUUAAUUAUUUAUUACUGAAACUUAAUAAAUUGCAAUGUACAUACAA